AUUACAAAGGAUAAAGCAUCAGGAAAGCCAACAUACGAGGAUUUUACUCUAAGUCUACAAGCCAUGAAACAACAUGCUGUGUGUAAUAAUGUUACUAGACUUUCCAUGCCUAGGUAACUGUAGUUUCUUCUGUUUUCAAAAUGCCAUGUCCUUGUUGACCCUAUUUCACAUCUUAUAUUCUACAUUUAUUUCCUUUCUUCUCUGUCAGAAUUGGAUGUGGCUUAGAUCGCCUCGAGUGGAAAGAGGUCUCCUCUAUUUUACAGGAAACCUUCAGAGAUACAAACAUACAGAUCUCUGUCUAUACCCUGUGA